AUGAGCAGUUCGGCGGUGCUCUCGGGAGACAAUUUUAAUCAAAGAUCUGCGACAUGCUCCCCCCAGUAAGAAUUCAAUUUUUGAUGAAAAGUCCUUUAGAAUGAGAUAUAUCGUAUCUGUAUGCGUGCUGACAAGUGUUGGUUUCGCUACCCUACUACUACAUCCCAUUGGACAGAUAUGGAUUCUUUCAAUGCCCUUCGGGAUCUUCAUUACCGGAUUCAUUUUCCAGGCAAGUCAAGUACAGUAUAAUCUGAACAUAUCUAGUGGGUCCAGUUGUAUUCAUCUAGUCUGACACGUCACAAACGCGCCUUCUUCGAUGAGGCCAACAUUCUGGACACCUAUCAGCCCCGUGCUCGAACACACGGUCAUCUUUUUCAACCCGAUCCACCUACUCCCGUCCCAGGCAGCGAGGCCGAUCGAAAACAAUCCAAGUCAGAAUUUGAGAGAAUGAGAGAUGAGGUAAGAGUAAACCAUAACAUCCUUUGACCCCAUUAACCCUAUGUAAAUCUAUAGCACUACAACAACAUGUUCACUAACGCCGAAAAAGCAGAAAAAGAAAAGUUGACCCCUGAGUUUGUAAAAUACGAAGAACCCGUGGUCGUCGAAUUCAAGGAACCCCCGGAAACAGAUGACGAAGGCGAUGACGAGAUAUAA